AUGCCCGCUUCCGACGCUCCCGAAACCGCUCAGGGGAGCACGGACGCCCCAGUCAGCCCGGACCUCCUCCUGGGCGCUCUACGCGACCAUCUCCUCCCCGAUAUCCUCUGGCUCAAGCUUCCGAUCGCGCUCGAGAUAUACGCCCAUAUCCAGCUCAUUUCCCGGAAGAUCAUAGCGGAAGCAUAUCAGGCACUGGCAGCUCAAAUGCGCAUCGCACCCGAGCUCUCCCAGCUGCGGAUAGCGAAGGAGGACUGGGCAGCUAGGGGCGCUCUGACGGACAGGGAGGUGCAGCGCCUGACGGGAUGGACUUGCCAGGAACAGAAGGCGGAGGCGAUGAUACUCUGGUCCUUGACUCUGCGGAAACGUCACCUUGCCCAGUUGAUAGCUAUGACGGAGGUCUCCCCGGACAAGAUCUUCAUGCUUGCAGACACGUACUUCCCUGAGCGAUCCACACUUGCCACAGAGGACGGUCAGAUAGCGGCGAAUCUGUACAUCGAGGUCAUGACGGACAAGCAGUGGCUACAGCUGGAGGUAUACAGGGACGAGACGCAAGGCUGGUGCGAUGAUCUAUACAACUCAGUCCUGGCUGGGAGACCACGUCCAUCCCUCGUUAGUCUACUCGGCGAAAUGACAGACGCCGGUGCAAUCGGUCGACGGAUGUUGGAAGCUGCAGAGAAGGUGGUCGAGGAUGCCAAGGCGUUCGAGGCGAUGUUUGAUCCGACCGCUCCUGUCAAGCCAGUAGCUGGUCCGCAGACACAGACGCUAGGCACUCAGGUACAGAAAGCAGCUAAGAGAGCCCCGCCCUCAACAACAACCGUACCAUCGGCCAAGUCCCGGCAAUCCCUCCCCAACACAGUCGCGUCUUCUUCCAAGAUCUCACUGCCGCUGGAAUCCGCGCCCGCUGCUAAGCGUAGAGCCACCCUAGGCUCCGAUCAGAUCUCAGUACCGUCGAAACGUCCUCAUGAUGCCACCAUCUCGGACACUUCCCGUCCUACACCUGCCCUUAUACCCAAGCCAGCAACGAAAGCGACACCGGCGCAAGCUACUCCACAGCGCCAUCGUCGCUUCGUUCCGCACAAAGCGGCCAUACCGGACUAUACGCGGCCCAUAGCAGUUAUGGGGUCGAAUGUUCCAAAAGCCAGCCUGAAACCAUUUGAUGCUCGGGACAUCAAGCGGUCAAGACCGAGCGGCAGCAGUACGACGAGCGCUGGCAAGGCGGACGCGCGGGAAAGGGACGUGGAGUUGAUGACCGAGAGGCGGGUGCCGGAAGACAAGGCGAAGGUGGGGACGGGAGUUGUGAAGAGGAAGGCGCUGGGAAACGCAGAGAGUCUGGAGAAUAGUCAGAGUUCGGGCGAGAGUCAGGGAACCAAGGAUAAGCGGAGGCUGGAGAAAGGGAAAGGCAGGGCGAUAGAUCCAGCACUCCCAGCUGCGCAGAAAGUGGUGAAAUCUAGUCGACCAUAUUGA